AUGCGAGGGUGGGGUAACGUGUGGUACUCCGGCCCGUGGGCACUGCUUGUGCACGCGGGCCACGCGUGUCUGUUCCACGGGAAUGAGGCGGUGGAAAAGUGGCCCGUGGUAGGGCAGGUGCGGUGCAACUUCAGCGAGGACGCCGUGCACCUGGUGGUGUAUGCCGAGCGCGCGUUCCAGCUCCAGACGGUGCAGCUCGCUACGCGGCGGCGGACAGAGCAGGCAGUGGUCAGCGUGGCGUAUGGCGUGGCGCGCUUCGAGGUACUGUGGCAGGACGGGAUUAUCGUGGCGAUGGACGGGGUGGGUGGGCGCGUGCACUGCGUGGACACGCGGCGGCAGCGCACACUGGGCUGUGUGCAGACGAACGCGGAUGACGGGGCCAUCUACGUUGUCGGCGCCCGCGCUUUUCAAGUGUUUGUGCGGCAGUUGGAUAAGGCCACCGCGACCGAGCAGCUCUUCUUCAACACGUACGAGCUUGGCGCGGACGGGGCCGUGCGGCUGCAGCAGGCCGUCCGCCUCGGCAGCAGCGCUGGGCGCCACUUCGCGGCGCGGCUGGGCAACGUGUUCGCCGUCGUGCUCAGCUGCCCGUUCACGCGCCGCAGCGCGCUCAGCCUGCACGUCGACGGGCAGCCCGCGCCGCUCGCGCAGCUCCAGCUGCCGUUCGUGCAUGACGCAGCCUUCUGCGACCACUGGACCCUUGCGCUCGCGCUCGACGCCCGUCUCGCCCUGCUCCGCCCGCUCGCUGGCACGCUCGCCGCUGUCCCGCUCGCCGCCGCCCGCGUACAUAAUGGGCCCGCCCGCAUUAUAGCCAGCCCGCUUGGCACGCCCGGAUUGCCCGAUCCGUUAGAUAGCCCGCCCGCACAGCCGUCGCCGCCUGACGUAGUCCCCAGCCUCUGCUUAUUGACUGCCCGCCCGCAGCACAUCGCCGCAUUGUUCGCUGCCCGCCCCAAUUGGGUCUACUUAUGGAGCCCGCCUGACACCUCGCCCGCCCACCCGAGAUUAACUGGCAUAAUCCUCCCAGACGCCCUCGUAGCCGCCACGCCUGACGAUCGGUACUUCGCCGGAUCUUAUACCGCUUACACCCUCCGCUGA